AUGUCGGCUGUAAAGAAUAUUAAACGGCGAAAGCUGUCCCAUACGUCCUCCAAGCCAGUCUCGGAUGAUGUCUCUUCGGGAUCGGAGCGCCAGCAGGAAACUCCAGAAGAGAGCGGCGAGGGACCGGCAGACACAAAAGCACCCAAGACGUUCAAGGACCUGGGGAUAAUCGACUCCUUAUGUGACGCUUGUACCUCGCUAGGGUAUAAAACCCCGACUCCGAUUCAAGCUGAAUCUAUACCCCUGGCACUGCAAGGGAGAGAUUUGGUGGGUCUGGCAGAGACAGGAAGUGGAAAGACUGCGGCUUUCGCAUUGCCAAUUCUUCAAGCCCUUAUGGAAAAACCACAGCCGUACUUUGGACUUGUUCUUGCACCCACUCGAGAAUUGGCCGUACAGAUCACAGAAGCGUUCGAAGCCUUGGGUUCGCUUAUUUCAGUUCGGUGUGCCGUCAUAGUAGGAGGAAUGGACAUGAUAUCUCAAUCGAUCUCUCUCGGGAAAAAGCCACACAUUAUCGUUGCGACACCCGGAAGACUCCUUGACCACCUGGAGAAUACUAAAGGAUUCUCGCUGCGCAAUUUGAAAUACUUAGUAAUGGAUGAGGCGGACCGUCUUCUCGACUUGGAUUUCGGUCCUGUACUGGAUAAGAUAUUAAAGGUACUUCCGCGCGAACGCCGAACAUAUCUGUUCUCUGCAACCCUAAGCUCCAAAGUCGAGUCUCUGCAGCGCGCCUCACUUUCAAAUCCCCUACGAGUUUCCAUCUCGUCCAAUAAGUAUCAAACUGUCUCAACUCUUCUUCAGUCAUACAUUUUUAUCCCUCACAAAUACAAGGACAUCUACCUUGUGCACAUACUAAACGAAUUCCCUGGACAAACUACUAUAAUCUUCACCCGCACCGUCAACGAAACCCAACGUCUUUCAAUCCUCCUGCGCGCACUGGGAUUCGGUGCAAUUCCUCUCCACGGCCAACUAUCCCAGUCAGCUCGUCUUGGUGCCCUCGGCAAAUUCAGGUCCGGAAGCCGAGAUAUUCUGGUGGCUACUGAUGUUGCAGCACGAGGUCUUGAUAUCCCGGCCGUCGAUCUAGUGUUGAACUUUGAUCUUCCUUCUGACAGCAAGACAUAUAUCCAUCGUGUUGGGCGCACUGCCAGAGCGGGCAAGAGUGGACGAGCAAUCAGUGUUGUCACACAAUACGAGGUUGAGAUAUGGCAGCGAAUCGAGGCUGCAUUGGGCAAGCAACUGCCGGAGCACAAGACGGAGAAAGAGGAAGUGAUGGUGUUGAGUGAUAGGGUAGGGGACGCCCAGCGACUGGCAGUUACUGAGAUGAAAGAUCUCCAUGAAAAACGAGGGACGAAGGGUGCCACACUUCGGGGGCGCAGGAAGGGGGAUUCCAAGAGGGGAAGAGACGAUAUGGAUCGGGAGGAGAGAUGA